AUGUUGUUAAUAGUGGUUCCAAUUAUUAUGUUAUUACUUCAUCAUUACUUUAAUACAAUUCCACCAAUUUUUCAAACAAUAUUUCAAGCAAUUUCGAUAUUAUUUGCAAAUGUAUUUAUUGUAAUUCCAAUAUCUAUUAUAUUAUUUAUUCGAGAUUUAGGAAAUGUAUUCUUUAAUAAAGAAAAAUCCGUAGACCCAAAAAUUAUUUUAAUCACAGGCGCAAGCUCCGGAAUAGGUGCGUCUAUUGCAAGAGAAUAUGCUAAACCUGGAGUUAUUUUAGGUCUUCUUGCACGUAGUGAAGAUAAGUUAAGUAAAGUAGCGGAACAAUGUAUAGAAAAAGGUGCAAAAUGUGAAAUCUUGAAAAUUGAUAUUUCAAAUAUUGAAAGUUUAAAUAAAGCAUUGGAAGAUUUUGAUGACAAAUAUCCAAUCGAUUUAUUAUUCGCUAAUGCCGGUCAAUUAGCUGCUACGAGAGAUAAUUUUGGUAAAGUUAAAUGGGAAGAUGCAUAUAAACCUUAUAUUGAUGUCAAUUAUAUUGGAAACAUUGCAAGUGUAAUGACUGUUUAUAAACGAAUGAAAGAAAGAAAACGUGGUCAAAUCGCAAUUACAACUUCAAUUGCGGGAUGGUUUAGCCCACCAACAACAGCAUUCUAUAAUUCUAUGAAAUCUGCAUUAAAUACAUUUGCACGUGAUCUUUUUUAUAUUGCUAAACCAUAUAAUGUUCAUAUCUCACUUAUAGUACCAGGAUUAAUUGAAACUAAUAUGACGGCACACCCAGAUCAACCAUUUCCUCAUACUCCUAAUCGUUAUGAAAGUGCUGACAAUUUAGCAAAAAUCAUUAAAUACCAAUUAUCUUAUAAUGUAUUUCAUAUUGGUUGGCCUUAUUUUCAAAAUAUAAUUACUUUUACUAUAGCUACUUUUCCUAUUAGAAUUCAAUUAUUAAUUUCCAAUAUGAUGGGUAAUCAUAUGACAAAAAAUGGUAAAAAUAUUGUAUUAACAUAG